AGGCGGCCAGCGCCAACGGGAGCCAGACCGCCCCCAAGGCCCGAAGGCUGCCUCCCAUGGCGGCCAACGCCGCGGCGGCGCUGCGCAUGGCGCUCGGCCGAGGCCACCUGCCGCCCGGCAGCUUCCCCGCCCUCGCGUCCACGCUGCGGCCGCCCACCUCCCGCAGGCGCACGUGCCACGCGGCCUCCUCGAGCACCGCCGCGACCGCCCUCAGGGUGGCCGCCGUCUGGCUGCCCCCCGGCACCCUGGGCGCCGCCGCCCUGGCUGCCCUCACCGGCUGCUCCGCGCCCGCGGCCCCGCGUCCGCAGCCAGAGAGCGCCGCCGGGGCCGCCGCGCCAGGCCGUGGAGGGCGGCCCGCGCGCCAGCCGCUGGGGCGCCUGUGCCAAGACACCUCCGAGCGCGUCGUGGGCCACCUGUGGCCGCCCCUGCCGCCUGCGCGCGGAGGGUGCGGCGAGGUGGCGUCCGAGCGCGCCGGCGCCGGCGCGGUGUCCCCGCGCUCCUUCGAGGCGCGGCUGCGGCAGUGCAGGCACAUCUUCGGCGACCUCCGGUGCGUGGCGGCCGUCUCCGCGGCCUGGGCCAGGCACGCAGACCGGGACGGCUGGCCCUCCACGCACGCGUACCUGUACCAGGAGCCCGGCACCAAGAGCGAGCUGCGGCGGCGGUACGAGGCGUCGGCCCGGCGGCUGCUCCUGGACGACUGGUUCCGACACCACUUGUCCGCCGCCCACGCCCGCGGCCUCGCCUGGCCACAGCAGGGCAGCGCGGCGGGGCUCGCCGGCAGGGUCGCCGGCUUCCUGCCAGAGGCCACGCGGUGAGGCGGCCCGUCGAUGCCCAGGACUUUUUUGAACAGCGGCACCCUGCCGUCGCCCCGCGCGUGCGGAAGGUUCGCGCCGUGCCGAUGCGGAUGUUGCGCCGCCAUCGUCGUCGUCGUCGGCGGCGGCGUCGUCGUCGUCGGCGGCGGCGGCGGUGGCGGCGGCGUCGGCGGCGGCGCCGGCGUCGGCGUCGGCGGCGGCGUCGGCGUCCGCGUCGGCGUCGGCGUCGGCGUCGGCGUCGGCGGCGUCGUCGUCGUCGUCGUCAGCGGCGGCGCGGGGCUCAAGGUUGGGGUCAGCCGGCGGCCCGCGCAGGGCCUGCCUCGAGAGAGAUCUCCGCCGUCGGGUUGCGGGGAGGAACCAGCGCCCACGUCGACACGCCAGAGACCAGCCCCUGCACGGGCGGCAGGAGCAGCAGGGCUCGAGCUGAGCGGUGUUUCACGCGAUGUCGUGGACCGUGUUCGUCUGCCGUGGACCGUUUUUCGCUCCGAUGUCGUUUGGCGGCAGGGGCAGAGCGAAGAC